GAUUAGAUCAAAUGACGUUAGUAACUCUACUGUGUACUGACUCGAAGCUGUAGUAAUCACAAUAGCCUGGGAGCGGAGUAGAGAAGCACACAUGAGGCGUCUGCUUGCCAUCUUUGUUCUCAGCUGCCUUUCAACCUUGGUAGCAACAGAUCUACCAUCGACUCCACUCAAUCUAUCUGAUCCCGAUGUCGUUAGCCUUCUGACUAACCUUCAAGGCAACAUCCUGCAAGAUCACGGUAGACACUAUGCUCGCCACAUAUUCAUCACAUUCGGAUCCAACUCCAGCGCAUCGAGGUGGCUAGUUUCCUUGCUAUCAAAACACGUGACUAGCGCCUACGAAGAGCUAAACAACAAAGAAACAGAUCUGUUUGGAAGCCUUCUCCUGUCUGCAUCUGGAUACGAAAAGCUGGGCGUAGAUGAGAGCAAAAUACCAAGUCAGCAGGUGUUCCGAUUGGGGAUGCAAGAUCUCGAUACACCCGUUAGGCUCGGAAACUUCUCGUUGCCUAAUCCCUGUUCGGAUCCUCCAGUUGAAGACUGGGAUGAGCCGUUUCCGGAGGCGGCUCCAGAUGCUCUCGCUGUUGUAGCAGUGGGUGGCUCUGGUGCGCUACGCAGGCUUAAUUUUGUUGAGACGGUCAUCAGGAAGGUUGUUUCUUUAUUCGGAGGCGACGUUAUCGGUGUCUACAAUGGUCACAGGAUUAAGAAUAAGGACGGUGUGGAUGAGGAACAAUUUGGUUUCGCUGAUGGGAUCAGCAAUCCACUCUUCUAUGAGGAGGAUUACAAGGCAGCCCUUGAGCAGACGACGACAAACAAGUUCAUAUCAGGUGCAGACCCCCUGGCGCAACUCGAGUUGGUACUUGUGAAAGACGAGUUGAGUAACUCUUCAGUCUCUUCAUUUGCCUACGGCUCUUAUUUGGUGUACCGUCGUCUAGAAGAAAACGUCGGCCUUUUCCGUCAAUUCGGUAAAACCAUUCAAGAAUUACUGAGAAAACAAGGAAUAAAUGUGAGCCAAGACGACGCGGAAUCAAGAAUGAUGGGACGUAGAAAAGAUGGCGUACCACUUGUACAUGAUCUGUCUGGAGUGAAACCCGACGAUAGAAACACGGCUAUCAAUUUUAACUUCGACGGUGACAAGGACGGUGCUCAAUGUCCAUUUGCUAGUCACAUAAGGAAAGUAAACCCAAGAGGUAGUUCUACUGCUAAAAAUGAUACUGCAAACAAGAUAGUUCGUCGUGGCAUGGUGUACGGGAGAAAAUCCAGACGAGAAGCUAAAGGCCUAUUGUUUCUGUGUUUUCAAUCAGCCUUGGAUGUGGGAUUUCUUGUACAGCAGGUUGGUUGGGCAAACAAUGAAGAAUUUGGAGAGGGACCUCCUCCUAGAGUUGGACUGGAUAUGGUGAUAGGACAGUAUUUACCCCAAAACCCACCAAAAGUGGAGCAAACCGUAUGGGAAGAUCCCAUCGUAAAACUGCAAGUAAAAGACUGCGUGACUAUGCGAGGAGGAGAGUAUUUCUUUGCUCCGGCCAUCACAACUCUGCAAAACAUUCUAGAUCUCUAGGAGCACGCCAAGGCCAAAGCCUUCGUCUCAUGAUCAACGGGAGUCAAAGCAAGCUGUUGAUUUUCUCAUUGUUUCUGUUUUUGCUGAAUGUUGUCACGCACAUUUAGAUGUCCUUGCACUAUCAAGUUUUAGACCUGAGUUUUUGUGCAAUUGAAUGUUUUGUUUUUGCGGCUGGAA